AUGGCCAAAGGCGGUCCAGGCAGCGGGAAAAGAACAAUAUCGAAAAGACUCGAAGAAAAUGGUUUCUUGUCAAUUUCCCUGAAGGACAUCCUCUUGAAAGAAGGCGAAGAAAACGUUGAAAGUAGAUUGAAAAUCAAAGAAUCUAUGGAUGCGAAUGAAUUAGUUCCACUGAAUAUAGUGAUACAUCUUUUAAAAGUUCGCCUUAUAAAUGAAUCGAACAACGGAACGAAAUUCGUCAUCCAUGGAUUUCCGAAAAACAUCGACCAGGUGAACAAAUUUGAGAAGGAGAUAAUCGAUACCCAGGUAGCCAUCUAUUUGAAAGUUUCCGACCAGACGAUGAAAAUUCGUUACAAACAGAAAGCAGAACUAGGCGGAACUUCGUAUGAUGACGCAAUCAUUGAGAGCAAAUUAACAUUCUUCAAAGAGAAGCAGGCCAAAUGUGUGGAAUACUACGCUAAACAGAACAAACUCUGCGUUGUGGACGGCGAAGUUCCAGAAGACGUCGUUUAUCGGGCCAUUCUCAAGUGCAUCAAGAAGAAAUUGAAAAACGACGAUCUGCCAUAA